AUGGAUUAUUAUAUUGGAGCACUGAAAGCUGACUUUGAAGAACUGCUGCGGCGAUUUCAGCAGACGGAGACGGUGCGAUAUGAAGAGUUCUCUGCAAUUUGGAGAGAGAUGAACUUUUCAAGUAUAUUUUACGGUGCGAUGUCCAGCAACGAGAUAAGACUCUUCAGCCGCCUGACGCUGAUUGUGGCCUACCAGUACUUCCUGCCCCCAUACAGCUUCCAGAUCCGGGUCGGGGGGUUGUACCUGCUAUACAGCCUCUACCACACGCAGCUGGCCUCGCCCAGAGAGCAGAUAAGGCUUGCGCUGAAGGACUGGAGCACCAUUGAGCAAUUCCGGCAGGAUGUGCAGAACGCCGAGCACUAUGAUGCGGCCUACAUCUUCAGCAAGCUCUUCAAGGGCAAGGCCUUCUUCUUCAGUGCCAUGCCUAAGCAGCUGAGCUUCCAGGUGAAGAGGAAGCCCCAGAGGCACGUGGUGUGCGAGGAGUUCCGCGAUGAUCCGGUGCGGGUCCGAGAGCUCGUCUCCGAGGAGACCCUGCAGGAGAUGGAGAACCUGCAGGAGCACUAUUCAAAGGUGAAGAAGGCUCUCUGUGCGAGCGCGGAGGGAGGGAACCCCGGCCUGCUCCUGUCUCAGAACGAUCUGGUGCAACAGCUGCGCAACUGCGCACUGGACUAUCAACAUUGGCAGGAGAAGAAGGAGGGAGAAAAGAAGCACUCCAGUGGAACAGGGGCAGUGGAAGAGGACCCCACUAAGGCUGAGAGUUCUCGGAGAGCACAGCUCCUGGAGUCUAUCAAAUCCAAAUCUUAUGGACAUGUCAUGGAGGCCUCUAAGUCCCGGCGGCACCGACAGGUGGAGAGGGAUAACUCGGGUUCUGGGACGGACCCCGGCGAGGAGACCAUGCAUCGCAGGAGGAAGCCCCCCUCGCUACGUGCCAGGACCCGCAAGAACCUGUGCAGCAAACCGGUUGUAAAGCAGGAGGAACUGGAGUCCACCCGCCCCUGGCAUCUGAGCGUGAUGGAGGGAGAGAAAGGACUGCUGGCUCCGUUUUGGAGCGUGGUCUCAGACACCACUGUGGAUCAGGACGGGCUGUCUCUAUCAAGCCAUGAGAUUCAUGGCUGGGGGCGGGUUGCCAUGGUGACGGCGGCUCUUCGCAGCACACCGACAGUAGCUUGA